AGUCAACGUGGUGCGCUCCGUUUCCAUGAGAUCGAAGUUGUUUUGAUCGAUGCUUGUUUUGCGUCCUUGUCGUGGUGGGGAUUCAAUACCAUGAUGCCUGGAGAGAACCAGUCUAAAGCCGGAGAGGUUGCCUCCGAAGCAACGUCUGGCACCUGUCAAAACUGCACUAUUUUAAAUCGGAGCCUGGAUGAGUACAUGUCUGCUUUGUUGGCACUGAAACAGAAGAUCAUUGACACUGACCAUCUCUUGAGUGAGUACAAAGAGAAAUGUGAUGAGCUUCAGAAAUCCCAAAGAGAGAGCAGUAAGUUGCACAAACAGUUGGAUGAGGUGCUGGAGAAACUCGGCCCUUUAGAAAAACAGACUGCGGACUAUGAGACCGUAAAGGCUGAACUGGCAGAAAUGAAGACUGCUGUGAAAUCUUAUCAUCAGAAGUCAGAGGAGGUGGACAGCCUGAGGGCAGAGAACGCAAAAGCACUCGUUUUGAAGCAGAAGCUUGAAGACAAUCUCAAGAAAGCAGAAGACACAGCAGAGUCGCAAAGUCUGGAAAGCAUGAAGCUGAGAUCUGAGAAGAAAAGCUUGGAGGAAGACCUGCAGAAGACUCGAGAUUCCCUCAGGACAUGCCAGCAGGCUGCCGAGGAAGUGGAGAGUCUGAGGCUGCAGAAUGCCAAGACUCUGAUUCUAAAAUGUAAUCUUGAAAAUCAGCUCCUGGCACAUGAAGACAGAAACCUCCAGCAAAAUGAUGAAAUCAGAGACCUGAAAUGUGACAACAGUAGACUUGCAGAAGCCCUCCUGAAAACCCAGGAAAAACUUCAAAAAUUAGAAAAAGAAUUCAACAAAGAGAAAACCAAUAUUUCUAUACAAACUGAAAGGGAACCAGAAGUUGACAAAGCUAAAGUCAGAAUGCUCUUACAGCAGCUGUGGCAGUGUGUUGAGUUGUCUCAGACCACAGAAAAGUUGGACUUAACUGACCUCCCAGACAGUCAACACUUGACCAGCCCCCCAAAACACAGAUUUCAAAGAGCUCCAUUUCAAAUACUGUCUGGCAGUCUUAUCAGAAAGCGGAUGCCACAAUCAGCUGGCUCGAGCCCACCUGAAGGAACACACUCUCAAACCCCAGGUUCCUCUACUUCCAAGCUGGAAGAGUCUCCAGGGAAGAGUAAGUUCCACUCUUUAUUCCAAGAACAGAACAGUCCAAGGAGAGAACACGGGAACAGAAAAACAGGCUGCAAGAAGAAACGGAGUCUGGAAUCAGAAGAGCCAAAUGAGAGCAGUACACUGAUGCACAAAACCACCGAGGUGUCAACCGAAGGUGGUGGUGGUGAUCAGACAGGCAGAGACGGCUGGGGAAACAGUACAGAUUUGUGGGAGAUUCUGGAUAGCUUCAGGCCUUUGCCUUCUGCUCUGUCCCCCAUGUCUUGUCUUUCUAACGAGCAGGUUGAGAGAGAUGUUAUUCCAUCACUGUUGGAACCAAAGGAAGGCUCACUAUCGAGCAAUAAAGAUUGUGAAAAAUCAACAGACUCCACAGAAUCCAAGCCUCUACAUAGUCCUGUAGCAGUUCAAUCUUCCUUCUCCGAUUCACCACUAAAAACAGGCCAUUUGUGCUCAGAAAUACCACUAGUUCCCCUUUAUACUGAUAAAGUAGUCCUUGAAAACUUUUCAUCAGAGUGUCAAGACAUGGAAGUGGAAGAAUUGUGUAAGGGGAAAGAAAAGUUUCAAAACAGUGCCAUUGGAGCAGAGAGUUUACAGAAUGGAUGUGAAAAGGACUAUGUCCAAAUAAAACCAGCCUGGAUUAUCACAAAAGAAUCACAUCUGAGCUCCAUGGAAGAUCAUAUGAAUCCAGUGAAGUCCCAGUCUAAUGCUAGCAGUGAAAUACCUAGCACACUUUGCAGUGAAGUAAUCAGCAAAGGUUUAGAUUCUGGACAACAACUUAUGAACACUGACCACAAGUGCCCGGAUACUGAUGAUGGGCUGGAGAACCAGAGAAGCUUGACUCCAGAGGAAAUCCGGAGCAGUUGUACUCCAGAACAAAUCCAAAGUUUGACUCCAGAUGACACAACUUUAAGAAGAGAUUCAAAGAUUCAUGAUUCCUCUUGUACCAAGGUUGAUGGUGUUUCUUAUUUAGAGUCUUCAAAAGAUGAAGAAUCGUCAGCUGUGAAGGAGUUGUUUUGUCUUGACCAAAAAGUCAGAGGAGUUUGCUCGAGACCUAGCUCACCUAAUUCUUCACAUCAUUUAAACAGUGUUGGCACACAUGAUCCAGAAUCAGUUGAAGAGCAAAUAUCUGUAAGCCAAGCUCAGAGAACAAGCCCUAAAACAGAAGCAGAAGGCGCUGUAGAAGACUCCAGCGCUACACGUAACCCUGAGGAUGAGAGAAAAAAUGUCAUUGUGGAAGGCAAAAUCAUUACAGAGAAUAUAUGCCAGCCAGCAAUUCCUGAAGAAAACACAGCAGAAGACGGUCAGCAAGUGAGUGAUGCACAUCACCAUUAUCAAGAAGAACAGGAAGUACAUGGAGCUCUUGGUUCCAACGUUGAAAACGUGGGUGGACAUCUCGUCAAUGGCCUGAAAGAGCACCUCACCAAAGCAGAAGACCAAAUCACCGUUAACCCUCAGGAGGCUCAUCCACCACGUUCAGUAGCCGAAGUGAAAUCGCUGAUGCUUCCGGGUUUGGAUAAAGGUGAGAAUCUAUCCCCUCUUACAGCUUCCAGAGAUGCACUUAGCUCAACGCCAUCUCCGGAAUCGAUAAGAAGAGUUCGUACAGAGAUGGGCCCGCCACUACCUCCAGCAGUUAUGCCACUGACUGCAACACCACCAAAGUUUGUGAAGCAUCAAAAUCCACUUCGGCUCAAUGUGCAGUUGCCCUCCUGGUUACCAGCUGAGGGACCUUGUUCUCCCGUGCAGCAGCCAACAGAAUCUUCCUCUAAUUCAAGUUUUGAAGAUGAAACAAAGAUGUCUCCUUGCCUGAACACGCCUUCCCCGUCUAGCCUUGGCGUUCCUACUUUUCCUUUGCAGUUUGGCUCGGAAACUCCAAAGCACGCUGUGCCAGUCCCAGGACGGCUGCCCUCGUCAGCUUUAAGCUCCUCCUCUCCCACUGUGUCACAGGAGAGCUCCAUGCAAUUGCUGGACACCAUGUAUCCAGAGCUCUCUGCCCAGGCGCGGACCCUCACCAUACUACGGUGGAACGUUGGACUUAACAGGGCCACCGGCGAGACCGGGGCCUCCCCCCAAACUGUCAGCCAGAUCUCUGGAAACAAAACCAUCAACUCUUCAUCCACAGCCUUCACCAAGACAGAGCAAAAAGGAAAAAGGAUGGGUGUGAACGUGUUGCUGCCCAAGAGCGCCAAGAGACUUCGGCUCGAUGCCUGCUCGCCAGGGCCCGCUAAAGUCACCUCUCCUUUACAACAGUUUACUGAUGCACAACCGAGCAGCGGCACAGAUCCGACUGAAUCCCGGCCAGCGAACAGCCUGUGGAGCAACAAUCAGGAGCCUAGAACGGAAUGCAACGCUGAGGUCAAAGGAACUGAGAAACCGUCACAAAUCUCUGAUGCAAUAGAAAAAAUUCAGACGUCGUGUUUUGAUAUAUUGCCUGUAAUCAAGAGUCAUGUGUUUCUUGGAAGAAUAUCUAAAAUCCCUGUCCUAAGAGAUGAAGAAAAGUCUGUUCUUGCUGAUUUCUGUUCAGACCAGUCAUCAGCAGAAGAGUUAAUGCUGGCCAUUUUGUCUAAAAUGAAGCUGGAGAGAGCUGCUGCUAAAGCGGACCACCUGCACGCCCUCUGCAGGGUCUACGUAGGCUUGUGUCGCCACCGAGGUGACCAUCAAAAGGUCCAUGCCCUUGCCUACCACCUUCUGAAAGAAGACUUCCCCGAAGCCGCGAAGAUGAUUUUGUUUUUGGUGACAACGUGGCCAACCGUCAUGUCCCACGAGGGCCCUCUGUGCAAAGCCAUCAACACAGUGAGCAAGAUGAAAGCAGAGGGGGAGGUUUUGGACUACCUUACUGUGUAUCUUCACUGGGACAGGACACCAUCAGGUGACCUCAACAAAAUGGUCACUAGCACACUAAAAGCACUUCUAGAGGACGGUGAUCUGACAUUCCAGAAGCAUGAUCGCUAUGGUGAUGACCUCUGCCCCAGAGCCUGGGAAUACAUUUUUACAGUGGAUCUUCUGUGUGCACAUCUAGGAUGGAAGUGGACUCUUGAAAAUAUUAUUGGGAAAGAGCUUUGGCCAGUCAUGAAUGCAUGGGUGACACAGCCAAGACAUCAGCAAACACCAGUGCGAGAUGUUUGUGUAGCAGCUGUUCUGAGACUAAUUGGGCGACUCGGUCAACUGGGCAUUAAGGAGAAGCUAUGCGAAUUUCUUCAAAACGUCUCAAAACCCAUAAACCUCUUCGCUAAACACGGAAUAGCGGAAGGUGUGCCCUGGGAGGUGCAGCUGUCCGCGGUCUACGCCAUCUACGACCUGGCCCCCAUCAGCCCCAAAGAUGCCCUGGACUCCCUGGCGUCGUGGCGGGGGGACACCACGCGGCCCGUCCCCCCGGCCGUCACCAGCUGCAUCACCCAGAUCGGCUCCCUCUGCCGUCAGAUCAAACUAUAAAGUGUUCAGGGAACUACAUAUUUGGUUUUAUAUCUCGGUGGGGAAAAGUCACUGGUUGAUAUCCCCGUGUGUUCAUGGCAUUUUGCCUUCGAGUCAGGUGAUCUGUACUCUGCUAUAUCAAAGAGUGGCCUGAUGAUUGGCACGAGGAGGGAUGGUUGUUUAUUUGUAAAUUAUUUGUAUAUUUUGUAUUUGUAAAGCUGUUUUUUAAGGUCCUGAAAAAAUAAAGUUAAGCAAGGCA